AUGGAUAGAAUUCGGAAGGUUGUGAACGUUGUGGCACCACCACCAGCGAAGGGUGCCGAUGGGCGUGAUCAAUGGCCAUCGCGUACUGCUUUUAUCCUGGCCUCCUUAAGUGGUGUUAUUGGCAUGGGAAACUUCCUACGAUAUCCAUCCACGGUCUUCAACAAUCACGGAUUACAAUGGUUUAUCCCGUAUCUUAUGGCUCUUUGCUUGCUAGCAAUUCCUGCCUUGGCCCUUGAACUCGCUGCUGGCAACGCCUAUCGGGGCGGUACCGUGACAGCUUUCAACAAGAUCAGUAGACGAAUGAGAGGUAUUGGUUUCGCCUUGAACUAUGUCGGCCUUGUUGUUAGCAUUUAUUUCAUCCCUAUUAUUGCUUGGGGGAUGGUCUUCUUCCAGAAGUCGUUCACCAGUCCACUCCCCUGGGCUGGCGAUACCGCAAACUAUUUUAUGUACGAGGUUGUUCAAGCCAUUGAUCCCGACACUUCUGGCACCUGGAUCGACUAUCCUGGCACUGCUCUUGACGGCCGCUUGGUUGGAUGGAACGCCUUUCUCUUCUUUCUUGUGUGGCUCUGCAUGUUCCGUGGUACUGGCUGGACGGGUCGAGUGGUCUACUUCACCAUGGGCAUGCCUCUCAUCGUCAUCAUCAUUCUCAUCGGACGAGGUGCAUCGCUACCAAAUGCUGGCCGUGGAAUCCGCAUGUAUUUUGCAACAUGGAGAAGCGAGGUCCUUUCUGGGACCCGUAUCUGGCAGGACGCGGUUGGGCAAGUCUUCUACUCGACUGGUGUCGGUUUCGGAUUUUACACGGCUUAUGCCUCCUAUAACCACCAAUUUGCAAACGCCGCUCAAGAUGCCGUCCUUCUUGCAUGUACCAACGCCUUCUUAGAAGCUACCCUCGCCUUUGCAGCAUUUGGCAUCGUUGGCUUCAUGGGCUUGCAACCUGACCCAGACAAUCCGAUGGGGAGCUACAGUUUAGGCUUUAUGACCUAUCCUGAGGCUUUUGUCCAAAUGCCCGGUUCCAACUUUUGGUCUGCUCUUUUCUUCCUGACGCUUGCUGUCGUCGGUGUUAGUUCUACCUUUGUCAUGCUUGAUGCCGUCAUGACGUUGAUAAUGGACUCUGCAUUCGCCAGGCGCUGGCGUUGGUCACGCCCUUGGGUCGCGACUGUUCUUGUCACCCUAGUUUUCCUUGUAUCCCUGCCGAACUGCACACAUUUCGGUUAUUACUACCUGGAUGGGAUCGACCGUUGGAUCAACAAUGUGGGUCUGGUCUUCGUCGUAUGGGCUGAAUGCACCUGUGCCACUACCGUUUACCGCUUCGAGGAUGUAGUCGACCAGGUCGGCUUGCGUUCCUUCGCAAUAUACAAUGCGAGCUUUCUAGGUGCCGAGCUGCUAAGCCUUAUCAUUGGACAUACGGUCAGCGUGCCGGUGGGUGCGGCUGUCGGCUUUGGUGUUUUUGCAAUUGGGGCGGUACUUGCCGUCGUGGUUGCAAAGACCCCCACUGUACGCCCAUCUGCUCGGCUUUUCAAGAAAGGUAGGUUGACAUCCAUCAUCUACUAUCUCGCUUUCUACUCGGGUAAUCAAUUGCGCCAUGAUCUCAAUACUGUCAUCGGUAGUGGCUCGAACUGGUCAUUGCCCUUCCUCUGGGCUCCCCUGCUGCGAUAUGUCUCCGGUCCAAUCCUCGCCGUCAUCCUCAGUCUUGCAUAUCCCAGUUUCGAACAACUCAAUAACGAUCCUCUGCAUGUCAUGGGCUUCAUAAUCGGUCAUUUCCUCUUGCUCUGGUGUGUUGCGGGAUUUAUAAUGCCUCACUGGCUAGAUAUUUUCAUAAUAGAGGAGCGCCGUGACGAUUGGAAGCAGCCCACAGCACCAUGUAUCCUUCGAGACACUACUGAGGGUGAAAUAGCUCAUAGUCUAGAAACUGGUUCGGCCUCCGACUCAUUGGCAGAUAAGACGCAGACUCCGAUGGGGAAAACAAUCAGACGGGAUGAUGUUGACGCGAUGGGCGAAAGUAUUCAGCGCGACAGCAACAGCUCACUGACAGUAGAUGGGCAAGGAGAAAAGAUUGGAAAGCAAAUCUAA